UGUUCUUUCAGAUGUUAUGCUAACAAGUCCGAUGCAAAUCCAAGAAUCAUAUGAAGUUAAAAAGGAAACAACCGUUUUAAAUAAAGAUGUUGUGCAAACAAGUCCGACGAUAAAACAGGACUCUUCAGAUGCAACCAAUUUAAAUAAAGAUUGUUCAAGUGACAUCGCUCAGUCAGCUCCGAUUAAACCAGUCACCCUGAAGCUGCUCGUGUCCGUUGAUAUCAAACAGACUGGAGAUGAUUGGCGUGAACCUCUCCUCACUGGGCUUAACUUCCUACCAGACGGGAGACUGGUAGCCGUGGAUAACUGGAGUUACAAAUGUAUCAUAAUGGAUGACCAACUACAGUUACUAGGAACACCGUACACGUUCAAUUCAUGUCCAUAUGACGUUGUAUGUCUGUCUCAGUGUGAGGUGGCGGUAACGAUGUGUAAUAGGAGAGUGUCUCUCCUGUACGUGAGCCCUGACAAUGUCAUCAGUCUGACCAGGCAGAUAUACACAUCCACAAUUGUCUUUUCCAUUUGCUGCAUGACCCCAACUACCAUGGUCGUGAGCACAUACGAUGAUCCACGCGAUUAUCCACGUCCAGUGAGAAUGAUAAACCAGACCGGUGUGGAGUCUGAUUUUGACCGUGUGCUGUUUAAUAAGAAGACGUACAAACAUGAACAGAGCAAGUGCACGUAUGUCCCUUCAAAGAACACGUUGGUACUGACUGAUAGGUAUGCUCACACAGUGUACAUGUUCGACACCGUGAAGGGAACGUCUAGAGCAGUCACUAAUGAUAACAUCCAGGAACCAAAAGGGGCCUGCGUCGGACCCGGUGACACGGUGCUGGUGUGCAGUAUGGCUAAGAACUCCAUCGUACACCUCACUGUUGAUGGGGACAUUCUAUGUACAUACCAUGUAGAUAUGCAAUUGCCGUAUACCCUGUGUAUGAAAAAUGAUGGGAGCAGAUUGGUCGUGUCUGGUUGUAAACACGGAAUGAAGAAAUUGAUGAUGUACAAAUUAUCAUAAAUGACAUCAUACGUAGCUAUUAAUUAUAUCUACAAAUAUGCAUAUGCUACCUGUAUAAUUCUUUUUGAUUUUUGUUGUAAGGGACUAUCUAGGUUUAUGCUAUUUGGUUUGUAUCCUUGGUUAAAUAAGGAAUGUACAUGUGCAUCCGUGUUCAAACUGCAACUACACAAAUAAUUCAUUUCAACAAAUUACCAGCAUGUGUGAUAGAUAAACGGUUAAUUUGUGUAUUAUGCACAUGUUUAAAGCAGAAAAGUCUUAUCUCUGUUUGAUGUAAAAUAAAGCAGUUACUUUUCCUCCGUUACUUUAUGUUAAUUAUGAAAUAAUAAUUGUAUAAAUACUUUUCAACACAUGAUUCUGAACACAACCAUUUUAAUUUAGAAAUAAAGAAGUGAAACUCAUAUAUGCACAAGUCCAUUCA